UCUCUAGACUGGACUGUGCACUUAAACGUUAGUAAUUUAAAAAAAAUGAAAGUAUUUACUUUUAUUUUUUUGUUUUGUUUACAACGUACAUUGUGUAAUGUAAGAAAAACUAGAGAGGCAUGCGUUAACAGAGUUGCGCACGAAAUAGAUAUAGUCCAAAUUAUAGCGGAAACUAGUAAAAUUCUUAUCUGCAACAAUGGACUUGAAGAAUGGUUAUUGAAAACUGAUUAUACCAUAGAUUCUCCUUGUGCAAAGGAUGUUGUUCCAUCGGCCGAAUAUCGUUCAAUAUAUGCGGUUUGUGUUCAAAAUGUUCCGACAAUAUGCUAUAAAGGGGAUGGCUUAACACUAAUUAAUUGGCUUCAUCAUCCACAUAAUGCAGCAACAAACGUUAGAGCUUUGUUUCCGCAUUUGUAUAAUAAACCAAAUAAGCAAGAACAAACCAUUGAUGACAAAAUAUAAAAAAAUCAAAAAAUAUUUCAACGGGUCACAAAGUGCACAUAUUGGAGCACAAUAAGUUCUUCCCUUUAAAACACGCUGUAGAAAGUUUUACGUAAACGAAAACGAUACAACAUAGAGUCAUAUGGUUAAUUUUUGUAUUAAAGUCAAUUAAAAUGUCUUUAAAUAAAAAUUAGUUAUUAAAUAAA